AUGAACGGAACAGGAGCAAUAACAUUACAACAAUAUAAUAACAACAUAAGUAAUUAUUCAACAAACGACAGCAUUUAUGGUAAUUCACCUGUUUUUCCACCCUACAUAAGAACAACAGCAACGGUAAUUUGUUCUUUUAUUAUGGGUAUCGGAGUUUUGGGUAACGUUAUGGUACCCAUAGUUAUAUUCAAAUCAAAAGACAUGAGAAAUUCAACAAACGUUUUUCUUAUGAAUUUAAGUUUGGCGGAUCUUAUGGUACUUUUAGUUUGUACCCCAACGAAUAUUAUUAAAAAGGAUGUGACUAAAGAAAAUUUUCUGAUGGGAUUUUUUUUCCCCACGUUUGCGGUACCUUUUAUUGAAAUGAUGGUAACUCACGCUUCGGUACUCACCAUACUCGCCAUAAGUUUCGAAAGAUAUUAUGCCAUAUGCGAACCAUUAAAAGCCGGAUACAUAUGCACGAAAACGCGAGCGUUUUUUAUUUGUCUUUGCGCAUGGUUGCUCGCCGGUUUACUAACUAGUCCAAUGUUGUUCAUCUCACAAUAUGAAUUAGCACAAUACAACGAUGGAUCAUGGGUACCUGCUUGUUUAACACCAGCCGACACUUUAUGGAAAGAACUUUUUUUCUACAUGAGCAUUUCCGUUUUCUUCUGGGUUCCACUCAUUGUACUCGUUGUACUUUAUUCAAUAAUAGCCGUACAUUUAAUGGCGGAUCCAGGAUUGAAAUUUUUCUACCCUGCAUCGGCACAAACAAUUAAAAAUUUAGGAAUCGAAAAAUAUUUUAACAUUUUGUAUUUUUGUCGAACGAUGUCUUACGAAAAUCCAUCAUCUGCACAAAGAUAUAGGAAAAAAGUAGUCAUGAUGUUGGGUACUGUUGUUACAUUUUUUUUCGUUUGUCUUUUACCAUUUCGAGCAUUGAUCGUUUGGAUCGUUUUGGCACCACACGAAGAAGUCAUGAAAUUAGGAAACGAAGGCUAUUACACUUUACUUUAUUUUUGCCGUAUAAUGUUUUAUUUAAAUUCCGCGAUAAAUCCGAUAUUGUAUAAUUUAAUGUCGUCGAAAUUUCGUAACGGUUUUUUAAAAUUAUGCGGUAUCAAAAGAAAUUGUUAUAGGAAACAUAAGAAAGCACUUUUGAGAACGAGUACUUUUAAUACUUCUUCUCUGACUGCCAUAACAACGAGUUCCAUACAUAGGCCAUCAAUUCCUGAAGUUAGUAACGGUUCGAAAGAAAAAAAAACAUCAUCGUUUUUAGAUUCGAGAAAAGAAAAUGGACGAAGGAAUUCAAAUUGCUCAAAAUCUUUGCUUUUAUGCGGUGAAAUUAUCAACGAUUCCAAAUCCGUACGUUUACGUAAUAAAUUAAAUAACGAAAAAAGAAAAAAUUUUGAUAAAUUUUAUAUAACGAGAACGAAUCAAAUAAAUCGUAAAAAAAUAAAUAGGAGAAGAAAAUCGUUUAGUGAUUAUUUAAUCUAUGGAACAAAUACGAGCACAACACCCGUCACGCUCAAUCACAGUCAAAGCAUGGAUAGCAUAUUUAGAAGAAAAUCAUGCUACGGUGUAAAAAAAGGAAAGUUAAAAAUUGUUAAUAAAAAAAACAUUUAUAAUUCCGACGAUGGUAUUAUUGUUUUUAAAAGCACUGAUAAGAAUAAUGUUUUGUCUGGGACCAAAAAAAGUGAUAAGGUACAUAAACAAUUAAUUAUAUGUGAAAAUGAACAAAAUUCGAAUAAACAUAUGAAUAAAAAAACCAAAGACAGAUUUAAAGAAAGUUUUGUUUAA